CAAAUCAAACCAAAUACUAUCAUUUUCAAAAGCAAAUUAAACUAAAUAUGAAUAAUUCUCAGAACAUUAGUUACCAAGCUGGCCAGGCCAAGGGCCAAGCUCAGGAAAAGGGCAAUCAAAUGAUGGAACAGGCUAACAAUGCUGCACAAUCUGCUAAGGAAACAAUGCAGGAGGCGGGGCAACAAAUGAAGGCUACGGCACAAGGAGCAGCAGAUGCAGUUAAAAAUGCUACUGGAAUGAACAAAUGAAAAAUAUUCAUCUGAUCUCACAUCAUGAACUUUGUUCAACAUUUAGGCUAUGAGUUCAACCUUCUUUUUUUUGAACUCUUUUAAUUGGAAUUAGGGGAUAAAUCAAUUAUAAUAAUUAAAUUUGAGUAUUAUUAAGAA